ACUCAUACACAACAUAAUAGUAAUUUCAUGAACAUCGGACAAAUCUAAAUGCAUUUGUAUAAAUUCAAUGAUUUCUGGUCACUUCAGGACUUAGUUGUCUACUGUCUGGUUUCCUUUCCGGUGCUUUGUGCUUCAUUAGAUGCACCAGAAAGCGCCUAUACUUCAUCAUCAUUCCUUUACGUCCACUAAUUACAGUGAACUCAUCGAUGCAUGCACAAAAGGUGGUGUCUUGAAAUCUGGCAGAGUACUUCACGCCCACCUCAUCAUCAAUGGUUUGGCUGGAUCCCUCCAAUUUGCUUCCAAACUCAUAGCAUUUUACACCAGGUGCAAAGAGUUGGCGGCUGCCCGAAAGCUGUUCGACCGAAUUCCCAAGUCAAAAAUACGUGGUUGGGCUGCUGUGAUUGGAUCCUUCGCGCGCAAUGGGUAUUAUGAGGAGGCAAUGGGUGUGUUUGAGGAAAUGCAGAAGGUAGGAUAUAACUAUGACAGAAUUGUUCUUCCUAGUGUUCUUAAAGCAUGUGGACAGCUCUCUGAUUGGAAAACGGGAGAGAAAAUACAUGCUGUUGUUCUUAAAAAUGAGUUUGAGGCUGAUGCGUUUGUGAUGUGUGCAUUAAUUGAUAUGUAUUCAAAAUGUGGGAUGGUUGAGAAGGCCAAAAGAGUGUUUGGUGCCAUGGUGGACAAGGAUUUGGUGGCUUUAAAUGCUAUGGUUUCAGGGUACGUUCAAAAUGAUUCUGUUAAAGAAGCAUUGAAUUUGGUUGAGGAAAUGAAAUUUGGGGGAGUGCAACCUGAUAUUGUGACUUGGAAUACAUUGAUCUCAGGGUUCUCACAAGCAAAUGAUGAAGUGAUGGUUGGCAAAAUUUUCCAAAUUAUGGAAACUGAUGGUGUUAAGCCUGAUGCUGUAUCCUGGACAUCAGUGAUUUCUGGUUUGGUGCAAAACUUCCGUAGCACGAGAGCUUAUAGUGCUUUUGGGCAAAUGUUGAAAGCUGGGAUCUCCCCAACAACAUCAACAAUCAGUUCUCUAUUGCCUGCAUCUGCUACUAUUGCAGAUCUGAGGCGUGGGAAGGAGAUUCAUGGUUAUUCCGUGGUAAUGGGUUUUGUAAAGGAUGUGUAUGUAAGGAGUGCACUCAUGGACAUGUACGCUAAAUGUGGGUUAAUUUCAGAAGCAAUGUCAUUGUUCCAUGGGAUGUCUGAAAGGAAUACUGUUACCUGGAACUCCAUGAUAUUUGGCUAUGCGAAUCAUGGGUACUGCCAUGAAGCAAUACAACUUUUCAAUCAAAUGGUAAGAGAAGAGGAACGCAAGCUAGACCACUUGACUUUCACUGCAGCUCUCACGGCUUGUACUCAUGCUGGGAUGGUUGAUCAGGGCAAAAGUUUGUUCCAGUUGAUGCAGCAAAAAUAUAAGAUUGUGCCAAGAACAGAGCACUAUGCAUGUAUGGUAGAUCUAUUGGGAAGAGCAGGAAAGCUUGAUGAGGCUUAUGAUCUUAUUCAGAGAAUACCAGUUGACCCUGAUUCAUUCGUAUGGGGAGCACUGUUAGGGGCCUGUAGGCAACAUGGUUGUGCAGAUCUAGCGGAAGUUGCUGCGGAACAGUUGGCUAAGCUUGAACCAAAGAGUUCAGGAAGUAGUACGCUCUUGUUGAAUUUAUAUGCGGACUCCGGUAGGUGGGGAAAUGCUGUAAAGGUGAAGAAGAUGAUGAAAGUAAGGAAAUUAAGAAGUUUCCCUAGCCGUAGUUGGAUCCAAGUUUUAUGACAUGCCUGAGCAGGAACAUUCAUUUCAAUAAUCAUCUUUGCUGCCGCUGAUAAUGUCUUGCUUUCAAUUCUGGUACAUGUCAUCAGGGACUAAUUCAGUGGUUCCAGAGCUGUCUUAGCUCCCCUUCCAUCUUGUCCAAGUAACUAAUAUGACAUGACACUGAAACCUAUGCCAGUUUCAGAUGCUUAUUUUCACCACUUUAAAUGAUUAUAACAUGCUUGCU